UAUCACUAAGGUCCAGUGUCCAGUUCCCUCCCAUGUGUUUGAUGUUGUGUUGUGGUUUUGUCCUGUUGUGACACUUGUGUCUGGUUGAAUGAGGAUAGAAGAAUGGACGGACAACAAAUUAGCAUGGACGAGGCCAGUAGUUCCGAUCAGGAACAGAGCCCUCAACUUCAGUUUGCUCGCCCUUCUAAAAAACGUUCACAUUCGCUCGAAUCCGAGAGACCAGGAAUAAUAUAUCUCAGCGCCGUGCCCGAAUUCAUGACUGUUCAGAGGUUGAGAAACACAUUCGAAGAAUUUGGGGAAAUAAAUAGGACCUUUUUUCAACCUGUUGAGAAGAGCUACUCAUACAAGAAAGGCCUUUUGUUUAGUGAGGGCUGGGUGGAAUUCCGACAGAGGAAAGUGGCCAAGUAUGUCGCCGUGGCUCUCAACAACACUCAAGUUGGUGGCAAGAAAAGAAAUCCGUGGUACAACUGUAUCUGGAACAUAAAAUACUUGCCUAAAUUUACCUGGACAGAUGUGAAUGCUGAUAGAGAGCUGAAGAGAGCGACGUACGACAGUAGGAUCCGUGCUGACAUUUCUCAGGUCAAAAAACAAACAAACUAUUAUGUGAGUAACAUUGAGAAAAGUAAAACUUUGCAAGAAAUGAAGAAGAGGAAGGAGAAAAAAGGUGAGGUUUUUGAAAAAAGAACAUUUGGUGAUGGUGCACAGCAGAAAUUGACAGAUGAGGAAAUUCUGGCAAAUAAGAAAGGCAAGAAAAGGAAAAGCAGUGAUGAGUCCAGUGAAAAGAAAGCAAAACUGCAGAGAAAGACAUUCACAGGUGCUAAUGAGGAUGCGAGCCGAUCCUUUGUAAUGAAAAACAUUUUUGGCUCCUCAAGUUGAUGUUCUUUGUGGUGAUGGAUUGUGCUACAAGUGGCUCUUGAGAUUGAAGUGAUUCCAGAUAGUAGGGCGUUACCAACGACUAUGUAUGUAAGUUUGUUAGGUGGCUACCUCACUCAGUGACAUGUGCAUUGUGACUGUUUGAUGCCUCAUUUUUAAUGCCAGGUUUUCCCGACAAGUCGUGUAAAAUCUCGCUUUUAUUAAAUUUUGUCUGUGUUGUUCAUUAUUGUGUCAUGAGACCUGUGUCUGUGAUGUAGCUGAGUUAGGUGUUUUGCUGCUGUAUGUAGGGUGGGAGGACCAUGUUUGAUGCCCAUGUCGGGGAAUUUUAUCAAGUAUCUUGGUCUUUCUGCUAGAACAUUAGUAUCCCUCUCCUCAGCCCGGAUUGCCCCUGGUGGGUAAGGUCAAAGCCCAUCUCCUUAAUGAUCUAAAUGGUGUUGAUAGGGGCAUAUUAUAUAAUAAAAAACACAUAUGUAUACAUACACAAUAAUACAUACAUACACAUGGUGCAUUCCAUGUUAGACUUUCAAUUUCGUCAUUUUUUAGAAUUAUUAUUAUAAUGGCCAAUACUGCUAUACUUUUCUGUAUAGAAGGUAUCAAAUUAAUAAAAUCCGCCCAAAACAACUUGGUGGGACUUUGCUGUCCUACCAAAUUAUUUAGGCAAACUUGGUCAAUGUUCAUGGCUGAGUUAGUUCAUUUUAUAGAGAUCAGUUAAAAUACCAUUCAUGGUCUUCAAAGGGUAAAUUGAAGAUUGCUUUAAUAAUUAAUCAUUCUUUCUGGUAGGUUUCUUCAAGCUUGUGGAGGCUUUUUUGUUGUUGUUGUUGAUUAUAUGAGUUACGUAAGUUUGGCAGGUUCAACAAAAAGUAUAAAGCUAAGGUGACACAAUAACAGCAAAUAAAGUUAAUCUCACAAACAAA